UACAACGGAAAGUCUCCCAUUUCUCGCGUUAACAAAAUUAUUUUUCGCUAAAACUGAAUCAAAAUCCACAAACCCUUCGAUUUCUCUGAAGAAGAAGAAGAAGAUGAAGAAGAUCUUCGGCGUCAAGAAAGAUAAAGAGCCUCCUCCCUCUAUCAACGACGCCUCAGAGAGGAUCAAUAAAAGAGGCGAAACAGUUGAUGAGAAGAUCAAAAGGCUUGAUGUUGAACUUAGUAGAUAUAAAGAACAGAUAAAAAGAACAAGACCUGGCCCUGCUCAAGAAGCUGUUAAAGCUCGAGCCAUGAGGGUUCUCAAGCAAAAGCGAAUGUAUGAAGGACAGCGGGACAUGCUGUACAAUCAGACAUUCAAUCUUGAUCAAGUUGCCUUUGCUUCCGAGGGUAUUAAAGAUGCUCAGCAAACUAUGACAGCUUUAAAAUCUGCAAACAAGGAGUUGAAAGGAAUGAUGAAAACUGUGAAGAUCCAAGACAUUGAUAACAUGCAAGAUGAGAUGAUGGACCUAAUGGAUGUGAGUAAUGAAAUUCAAGAGACCCUGGGUAGAAGCUAUAGUGUGCCGGAUGACAUUGAUGAGGAAGAUCUUAUGGGUGAGCUGGAUGCUUUGGAAGCCGACAUGGGAAUGGAAACUGAAGCUGAUGGUGUGCCCUCUUAUCUCCAACCUGAUAAAGAGCAUGAUUUGGAUUCGGAGCUCAGCUUGCCUUCAGCACCCAUAGGACAAGCAGCUGUGCCUGCUGGCAGAUCCAAUGCCCAGGCUGAGGACGAACUGGGUUUACCUGCUGUCCCUCGGGCAUCUCUUCGUGGUUAGGAAUUAUUGCUGUCCAUCCGGGACUCUGUGCAUUGAUUUGUAAUUUGUGGAAGCUUGGAUGGAGUAAGCUCUUGUAAACAUUGUGCAGAAUUGGCUUGAUUCAUAUAGUAUUUCAUCUUUUGUGCUU